GGCAUAUUUGGGUUCCUAUUUCGAUUCUUUCGAUGCGUGGAUGUUCGCAGAACUUAAGUCCUUUGUAGGGUUUACUUCAGGACCUCACCAUGUUCUUGCUGUGGGAGUGUUGCCACUCGAGCAGGAUGUGGCUGUGUAUUAAGUACAGGAGCACGAGAAUAAACGUGAGCAAAGUAGGAGCAGGUGGCACUCACUUCUGGUGUGCUGUGCCAUGUUGUCUUUAGGUGUGAGUGAAUUCUAUUAGACCUUCAGUACACGAAGACUUAAAGUGCAGACAUUUCUCCUUGUCCCCCUCCCCAUAAACACAUAGCAUUGUAAAUGGAAGUGCAGUAGUGGCAUGCACAUAUAGCAGUCUGGUGGCAGAUCGUGCCUUGUAAAACUGCUUUGCAUCUUACUACAGUUGUAGUAUUUUGUCAGAUUUCUUCAUGAAAUAUUGAACUUGAGUUCUGCAGUUUUGUUUCCACCUGAUCUGCAAAAAUGCAGCUGGCAUCUCGUGGUUCUGCUGUGGUACAUCAAGGACAAGUCGUUCUACUUUAGGUGUGUUAGCAAAACAAACUGGAGCAGUUUGUAGGAGGGGGAAGUAGAAUGAAAUGCUUCGCACUACACAGUGAGACUUUGACUUUCAAAGAGCUCAGACUAGUUUUUGGUAAGACCUUUAUACUGUCUGUUCUACCACGUCUGUUAGCUCAUUUCCACCACUUCCAAGGUAGAUGGAAAGCCUUGCGUGGUCUUUAUCUCUGUGGGAUCUGUUCCAGUUCAGCCCUGUAGGCAGGGAGGCUGCAUGGCUCUGUGACACCAAGGCCUCUCAGUUUGCAGUGUGGGCUUCAGUCUGCCCUCUCAGACAGUGCCACGAUUCCUUUCUGUUAUGUGACUUCUAAAAAAAGUAUUUCUUAUUAUUUUUUAAGACUCCACAGAUGUUUCAUCACAGUUCACCAUUUCUUGGUAUUGCCCUUCGGUUCUUCUUUAUGACUUCUUGUGGUUUUUGCCUCUCAGCCCUGCCAGGAUGCUAUGAGCUCCCUGCUGUUUCUCUGGCUGUUUCGGCUGUUACUCCUCAUGUGUCUGUAAUGACAGCACUGCUCACGUUGCUGCUCACACCACGUGGCUGCUGGGGCUGUCAGCGCUGCCAACACACUGUUGCUUCACUGGGGAAGUUCUCUCUGGCAGGCCAGCAUAAUGACUUAGAAGCUAUUGCUCUUGCUGUGAUACUUACGUAUUUUUAUUUCUCAAGGAUAUUCAUUGGGUCUGUAGGAAAAUCCAUGUUAGGCCCUGAAUGUGUCAGCCCAGCUGCUUUUCCCUCUUGGUGUGUUCGUGGUGAGUCUGGAUAUUGGCAGGACACUGUCAGACAUUAAAAUGCUAGCAAAAAUAUGUCAUCACAGAACUGUUCCUUUUAAUCUCUCAAUCCUUUUAUUUACUUGUGUCAUAAACCGAGUUUUGGGCUCUUCUUAUUCCAGGGCACAUCUUGUAUCUCUCUAUCAUUAAAAGCAAUGGUUUUGGGGUUGUUUAUUUUUUGGUGGCAAUUAGGUUUCAGUGGUGCAUACGUGGAGAACUGUGUAGAAGGCAGAUGUGAACAUUGUCAAUGUUUGGCAUGGACAGGUGAAUAAAAAAAGAUUAAUAAAAAUAAGAAAUGCCAUGGGAUUUUCACUCUCGCUUGGGAUGUUGUAUCCAGUGGUCAGAAGGCUCUGUCUGUCUGAUGUGCAAAAAGUACAUCUGCGUCUCACUCUGUGAGGAAUGCAAUCUGGUGUCAGGACUGGCGUUUGAGCUCCAGUGAUGGUGUAGGAUGUGUGAUGUGCCUUUGGGCUAGGAAUCCAUGAGAUGACACUCUGACAAUUUCAAAUGACGUUUUCCAGGGGAAGAAGUGUUGCUGCCACUACCAGUCAGCAGUUCUGGUCCUAUUACUGCUCCAGCAGGCAGCGAGGGCUUGUUUGCUGUGAAGGUUUUGGUGGCUGUCAGAACGCACAGCGUCCUGGUGGCUGAUUGAUGGCACUGCCCGGUUGCUGACCGUGAUGGAUGCGGUUCUCGCUGCGAUUGGGUGACAUUUGAUCUAGCAGUGAGUGAGCCAAAAUGCCACAGUAAGUAACAGAUGCGGGUGAAAGAUCCAUCAAGAGUUAACCCUGAGAAAACGAAGAGAAGCAAAAGGCCCAACAGGCCGCAGGAUGAAGACUCUUCAGACGAUAUUGCAGGCUUAACCUGCCAGCACGUGAGCCAAGCAGUGGAUGUACAUCAUGUGAAGAGAGCGGUAGCUCAGAGCAUCUGGUCAAUAUGUUCAGAGUGUCUGAAGGAAAGGCGGAUGAGUGAUGGUGAGCCUGUGGCACCUUCAGACAUAUGGCUGUGUCUCAAGUGUGGCUCUCAGGGCUGUAGUAAGAACUCAGAAGGACAGCAUUCUCUAAAACAUUUCCAAACAGCACGCACAGAACCCCAUUGCAUUGUUAUCAGUCUCAGUACAUGGAUCAUAUGGUGUUAUGAAUGUGAUGAAGAGCUGUCAACACAUUGCAACAAGAAGGCUUUGGCUCAGAUAGUUGACUUUCUUCAGAAACAUGGUUCCAGAGCUGAACCAAGUUCAUCAAAAAUCAUCCGACUCCGUGAUGAAAGCAGUGAAACAAGUGAAAUUCUGAAAGGGAAAAGUUCUGGUAAUGGUACCUCAGUUCCAGUUAAAGGAAUAAAUAAUUUAGGAAAUACGUGCUUUUUUAAUGCUGUCAUGCAGAAUUUGGCACAGACCCACAUACUCAAUGAACUGAUGUACGAGAUGAAGGAAAAAGGAACAAAGUUAAAAAUCUGUCAUACUUCAGACUCCCAGUUGGAUCCUUUGGUGGUAAACCUCUCCAGCCCAGGACCCUUGACUUCAGCGAUGUUCUUGUUCCUUCACAGCAUGAGAGAGGCUGGAAGAGGUCCUCUUUCUCCCAAAGUGCUGUUCAGCCAGCUUUGCCAGAAAGCUCCUCGAUUUAAGGGAUUCCAGCAGCAGGACAGCCAAGAGCUUCUGCACUAUUUGCUGGAUGCAAUGAGGAUUGAAGAAACAAAGCGUAUACAGACUGGUAUCUUAAAAGCAUUUAAUAAUCCAACAACCAAGACAGCAGAUGAAGAAACUAGAAAAAAAGUCAAAGCAUAUGGAAGAGAGGGUGUGAAGAUGAACUUCAUAGAUAGGAUCUUUGUUGGUGAAUUGACUAGCACUGUCAUGUGUGAGGAAUGUGAAAAUAUUUCAACAGUGAAAGAACCUUUCAUUGAUCUUUCACUUCCUAUAAUAGAAGAGAGGGUUGCAAAACCUGUGCCUCUGGGAAGAACAAAUAAAAGUAAAAGUGUGCAUGAAGCUGAUCUCAGACAGUAUACCUGUUCUUCCAUCUGUACACUGAAUAAUCAGCCCAAAAUUGUCAAGAAACACACUUCAACAAAAGAUAAGAAUCAGUUGAACCAGGAGAGAAGGCUUGCCAGAAAAGCUUCCUCUAAUGAAGAAGAAAGAAGCCCUGUUAUCAUGCAGGAAAGAACCAAAAAGCCAGAGCUGGAAGACAGCUCUGGUGUGCUGAACUCCAAAGACACAACUGUGGAGUCUGCCAUGAAUGGGAGUCAGACAGAGGGCAGUGAGAAAGAAGCCAGCCGCUCUGAAAGCAGCUUUGAUGCAGACAGUGAAGCCUCUGAAAGUGAAAAUGCGUCUAAGCAAACAGCUUUUAGCUCAUGCAGCAACACAUCUGCUUUGCAUGUCAACCACGUCAGUGUUAAAAUGCCACACACGAAACCAAGUGACAGUAAUGAUGAGAAGAUUUCCAGUGCCAUAUCCAAACUCAGCUUCUGUGAUACUAUAAAUGAAGAUGAAAAGUCAAGCUGUGGUGAUCCAGGUUUAUCAAAUAAUUCCGUGUUCUCAGUAGACAAGUCUUCGUUAUCCCCAAACCCUCAAAAUGCUUUUCAGACGCUUUCCCAGAGCUAUAUAACUAGCUCCAAGGAGUGUUCUGUCCAGUCCUGCCUUUACCAAUUCACCUCUGUAGAGCUGUUAAUGGGGAACAACAAGCUUUUGUGUGAGAGCUGCACAGAAAGGAAACAGAAGUAUCAGAAGAAAUCCAACUCCUCAGAGAAGAAAAUGGAAGGUGUCUACACGAAUGCUCGGAAACAGCUACUGAUUUCUUCAGUUCCUGCUAUUCUUAUUCUCCAUCUGAAAAGAUUCCACCAGGCUGGUUUGAGUCUACGGAAAGUAAAUAGGCAUGUGGAUUUCCCACUGAUUUUAGACCUAGCACCAUUUUGUUCUGCUUCUUGUAAGAACGUUACAGAUGGUGCAAGAGUGCUGUACAGCCUUUAUGGAAUAGUGGAGCACAGUGGCUCAAUGAGAGGCGGUCAUUAUGCGGCUUAUGUGAAAGUCAGAACACCCUCCAAGAAGUUACUAGAGCAUAUUUCCUCCACAAAAAACGUUCUAGGUUUAAAAGAAGCCAUGGGAGCAUCAUCGGGACAGUGGGUGUAUGUUAGCGAUGCCCACGUCCAGAUGGUUCCAGAAUCACGAGUACUAAAUGCACAAGCGUAUCUGCUUUUUUAUGAAAGAUUACUGAUAUAAUCACAGUUAAAAACUGUAGUGGUUAUUUAGUUUCUCUUAUUUAAAGCUGCAGUAGAAAGAGUACCUGUAAAUAUCGUGCCUUUAUCUUGUAGAGAAUUUACCAUACGUUGACUCUGAAAUUGUUUUACAAAUAUCUGAAUGGUUCCUUUAAAACAUGCACUUUGUCACACGUUUUAGUUUUACAGUUAGAAUGUAAGAUGAUGUUCUGUCCUAGUGAGGUCAGUGGAAACUUUCUGUUCUUGAUUUUAAUGAGGAUAAGCUUUCACCCGUAGUUCUAGAGCAGGUGAGAAUCAAAACGCUGAUAGUUUUAAGUGCCUGGAUUUGCUGCUGUACAGUAACAAUAUAAAGUACUUGAACUGCUUUUCAAUGGAGUCUUUCUCCUUCCCAUCCCUGGGAUGGAUGUUUGCCAUUAGGAUUCCUGCAAACAAGUACAUGUCAAAGCGUGUAGCCUGCAGAUGUAGUGACUUGGAAAGCAGCGUUUCCAAGAGCAGGACAACAGUAGAUGUCUCUGGGUAAUGCUGCAGUGCACUUUCCCAGUGUGUUGUUGAAAAUAGGUUGGGAAAGUAUUAUAAUAUUGCUUCUACAGUGUGACAGUGUAGAUAGUUAACACCUGUUCUGCCGUCUCCAACAAGCGCUGGUAUAGACCUGUACUCCUGUUUUCAUGUAAAUACAUACUGUGGUGUGCAUGUAUAUAUGCUCUAAGAAAAAUAUAUACAUAUAUAUAUAUAUAUAUGCACACCAUAAUAAUAAUAUAUAUUGUCAUUUUACCUAUUAGGAUAGGAAUGAAUUGCAAACCCUUCUGUAUUCAGUAGAUUUUCUGAUUCAUGAUUGUGACAGAUGUACAGUGUAUGACGAGCCGUGUACGAAUACAUACGGGGUUGAAGUGUACCUGGGUAAUCCUGUUCCUUUUGGUUCCAAUCAUUCAUUAGUUGAUCUGUUCAGAAUACUUUUCUCAUGGCAGUAAUAAACUGUGAGUUAUUUUUGCACCGUG